AUGGGGAAUGAAUUCCACCCGUGCCUAACCUGCUGGAGUAAAGUGCUCUGGUUUCGCCUGUGGAAAAGAUCACUGCUCUAUGCCAUUAUUGCCUUGGUCCUGUUUCUCAAACCACACAGGCUUUGGCUUUCAAUAGCAUCAGGUAUUCAAUUAGUAAUACUCUCUUCUUUGUACCUGAUGCUGACAUACCGGUCGAGGAAGAAGACCAAGUUGAUCCCAUCACCACGACUUUUGAAUCAUAGCCAGUCUCCGAGUCAGGAUGACAAUGACAAGUAUGAAGAUAUCACAGACGUUCUGGACGAUACUCUUCCCACCCCAAUUUUAAGUGGUCAUAUGUCAGAACUUGAGCAAGAUACUAUUUUGAAGCAGUUGGACAUCAGAGACAAUAAAAGAGUAAGGAUGGAAUUGAUAAAAGUGUUGCUAAAAUACAAACCACUGACCUCUUCUGAUUUGAUUGAGGCAGGCCAACAUUCUGAUCAUAAAGGAAGCGGGGACGGUGAUCGUGUCUUUAGUCUCCUCGAGCAUCACCGCAUUUCUCUUCAUUAG